AUGUCUGACAAGCCGUCACCCGUUCGGGACCCCAGUCGGCCAUCACGCAAUCCACUGCGUUCGGGUGACCUUACCAGACAACCCGCUUAUGGUCAGUAUCAAUAUGAGUCUGCUCCUGAUCUUUCGAGUUCCGAUGACGAGGACCUCGACGACGAGGACCUCGAUGACGAUCAGACCGACCACGGGGAGCUUGACAAGGAUCUCGAUAACGACGUACUCGACGAAGAGGAUCUUGAUGAUACUGAGGAUGUCAAUAACAUGUAUAGCAUGCAAACCCUAAUCGACGCCUUAAACGAAGAUACAUCUCGCAACACUGGGGCUCCUCCCUCUGGAACUUCUCCUGUCGGGGGUUCUGCUCAAUCCCCCGCUGAUGAUCAUUCUGACUCUUUCGUUGGAUCCACUGCCUAUGCGCCCUCUGAAGCUCCUGCGACCUUUUCCACCGGAUCUCCUGACUAUGACCCCUCUGAAUCUUCCGACAGCGAUUCUACUGAAUCUUCCGACAGCGAUUCUACUGAAUCUUCCGAUAGCGAUUCUGCUGAAUCUUCUGACAGCGUUGUUGCUGAAUCUUCGGAUAGCGUUUCUGCUGAAUCUUCGGACAGCGUUGUUGCUGAAUCUUCCGCCGAUGCCCGCCUGGGAGCUUCUGCUGAGGUUCUUGCAAAGGAUACAGUGAAGGAUCUAGCUGAAGCCCCUACUCAAUCUUCCGCUGAAUCUUCCACUGUGGUAUCUGAAGCUUCUACUGAAGGUCUUGCUGGGGUUCCUGCUGUGAUUCCUUCUGGAUCUCACGCAGAGAGUUCCACUGAUCUUGUCGCCGGUGCGCCUUCUGAAUCCUCUGAUGGGGUUCCUGCCGAGGCUCUCUCUGUAUGCGCCACGGUCUCUGUCACUAUCUCCCUCACUGAAUCUGACGCUGCGGCAUCUGAUGGUCCUAAUGAGGAUCCUGCUGAAGUUCAUUUUGAAUCUCAAUCUGACGCUUCCGCUGAGCUAUACGGCGAUGCUCCAGCCGAGGCCCAUGUGGCUAUUCCAUUCACUUCCACAAAGCAGUACGAAAGUCUCCAGAAGGAACUGGCACUCGCGCGCUACUACACUCGCUACGUAGUCAUCGUCGGGAGUAGCCAUGAGGCCAGGUUAACCAACAACGAUUUCGUCGUUGCACUUGCCAAGCAGCGUCUUGAACUGACUCCCUGCAAACCAGAGCACCAGGUCGCCCAACAGAAGAUGAAAUCCGCCGUCAAUGCCGAGAUCCAGAAGUUUCGGGCCGUGUACCGCCAGGUUUGGGUCAAGUAUUACGCUCGCGAGCGAAACGAGAGAGAGUCUGCGGCUAAGGAAGUUGGACCCGGCAGGUGUGAUGACAAGAUUACCGAAGCGGCUAAGGACUCAGUCGGUGGAGAGGAUAAUGCUGUCCUCUACGAUGCCACUUUGUCGAUUCUUCAACGACUCAUCGAACUCUACUCCAGUGCUAAGUACGAUCUUGUCAAGGUUGAUACGGUUUCUCAGAUUCAACAGGCCGAUGCGCAUAUCUUCUGUCAAGCUGUCGAGGCGAGGACAGGCCUUCCUGUUCCUCGCUUCAACGAACCAGGGCGUGUGCAAGAAGCGCGUCAACAGUAUCGAAAACUUGUCGAGGAGUACAACGAAUCCUAUACAAACGUCCACGAUGUACUGGUGAAGCAGAGCAGGACCUGGGCCAAGGCUGAGCGUCUUCAGGAGGUGGAAAUGGAAGAGAUUGCGACUCGAACGGUCGCAUAUUCUUCUACCGAAAACUACGCUCUGCUUCAGCUGAAGUUGAAGCGCAUUCGAGACUUUAGAACCGGACUCUCCACCACAACAAUAGAAGAGGCUGGUAGCAUUAGGGAGCUGCUUCAAGAGCUCAAGGACGAGGGGAAAGCUAUUGAUGCAAAGAUGACGAAGUGCCACCCCGACCAUCAAGCUGCAGAAUGGGAACUGUCGCAUCAAGUACUUAAGAUGUCCAACAACCUCAUCAAUGAGGUCAUGAAGUCACAAGAAUGCCUCUAUUUGGAGGCGGAAAAGGAGAUGGAACAGACUAAACAGUUGCAACUCGCGUGCCUGCGUAAGCUUUCCAAUGCCGAGGCCACUCUGCAAGCCGCCCCACAAGGUGUAGAGCCAAAGAGUAUGCUGCCUAAUGUGGAUCCAAAGGCGACAAACAAUGCCCUCGAAAGGCGAGUCAAGCAUCUCAUUGCUCGAUGCCAGGAAGAACUGCGACAUGCCAAAGACAUCAAUGCUGCACGGGCAGUCUUUCGGAGAUUUGACUGUGAGCGAAUGGCUCUGUGCGAUCUCAUGACUCCACAGCAUGGCAGGUUCCCGUUCCCAGAGAUGAGUUGUAUGGAUCUUAAGGCGACCUACCUUGAGGCUCUCGAGCAAAUUGAGGAAAGGCAACUUGCGCAAAAGACCAAGGUGCAUCAGACGGUCAAGAUAGAGAACAAGUCGCAUGUUAUUGACUGGAUCAAAGAUCAGAAUGAGAUGGCUGGACAGCAUGAAAUAAAGGUGUAUGCAGAUCAAGAUGUGAUUGAGGAGAUGGACAUCGACGGUAGGAAGGAGAUCGUAGAGGAAGAGAUGGGGAGUCAGCCAAUUGAGGAACGGUCAGUUGAGGAGCAGCAAAUCGAGCAGUCAAUGGAGGAACAGCCGGUCGAAGAGCAGCCAAUCGACGAGGAGCCAGUCGACGAGCAGCUAGUCGAGGAACAGCUAGUUAAAGAGCAGCCAGUCGACGGGCAGCCAGUUAGAGAGCAGCUAAUUGACGAGCAGCCGGUUGAGGAACAGCUGGUCGAGGGACAGCUGGUCGAGGAACAGUCGGUUGAGGAACAGUCGGUUGAGGAACAGCCGGUUGAGGAACAGCCGGUUGAGGAGCAGCUAAUCGACGAGGAUCCAGUCAACGAGCAGCUAGUUGACGAGCAGCCAGUCGACGAGGAGCCAGUCGACGAGGAGCCAGUCGACGAGGAGCCAGUCGAGUACCCAAUCGAGCAGCCAAUGCAGGGCACGAAUGAAGAGGCAAAACAGCCAAGCAUGGAGAACACUGCAUCUCCGAUUGCUGAUACCGCUGGUAGUGAUGCCUCCAGUCCAGAAGCAGCCGUUGCGGAAUCAUCUACCCCCGAGUCUACCGAGUUUCUGAGUGAUGACGGUGAUGCGGUUGCCCGACCUCCCAGUCCUCUACCCUGGCGGAGACAGUCGUUGGCGUUCGAAGAAGCGCUUCGGGAGAUGGAAACGCAGUCUGGAGACGAAGUCGACGAAAUGCCAGAUGUGGAGGUCAUCGACCAUCAGAAUCCAAAUCACACGAUGGAAAAUGGCAGGGCUAGGGCCUGGACACGACUCUGGCGCCGCUAG